AUGGUCAUGGAUAGAACCCAGGAGCCAUGUAAAAAGCAUCUGCAAAUGACAAUCCAGGCACUUCAAGAUGAGCUUAGAACCCAGAGAGACCUUAACCAUCUUCUCCAGCAAGAAAGCGGAAACCGAGGGGCUGAGCAUUUUACUAUUGAGCUCACAGAGGAGAAUUUUCGAAGACUUCAAGCAGAACAUGACAGACAAGCUAAAGAGCUCUUCCUGUUGAGAAAAACCCUUGAAGAAAUGGAGCUUAGGAUUGAAACACAAAAACAAACACUAAAUGCCAGAGAUGAAUCAAUAAAAAAGCUUUUGGAAAUGUUGCAAAGUAAAGGUUUGCCAUCUAAAGGAAUGGAAGAUGACAAUGAGAGAACUCGAAGGAUGGCGGAGGCUGAAUCUCAGGUCAAUCAUUUAGAAGUGAUUUUAGAUCAGAAGGAGAAGGAAAACAUGCAUCUUAGAGAGGAAUUACAUAGAAGAACACAACUUCAGCCUGAGCCAGCAAAGACGAAGGCUCUUCAAACAGUUAUUGAAAUGAAGGAUACAAAAAUAGCUUCCCUUGAGCGGAAUAUAAGAGAUCUUGAAGAUGAAAUACAGAUGUUAAAGACAAAUGGAGUUCUGAAUACUGAGGACCGAGAAGAAGAAAUCAAACAAAUAGAAGUUUACAAGAGUCACUCAAAGUUCAUGAAAAAUAAGAUUGACCAACUGAAACAAGAACUCUCAAAGAAAGAAUCAGAACUUCUUGCCUUACAAACUAAGCUUGAAACCCUUAGCAAUCAGAAUUCAGAUUGCAAACAACACAUUGAAGUGCUUAAAGAGUCACUUACUGCCAAAGAACAGAGAGCUGCCAUACUUCAGACAGAGGUUGAUGCCUUGCGUUUACGAUUGGAAGAAAAAGAAACCUUUCUGAAUAAAAAAACAAAACAACUUCAAGACCUCACAGAAGAGAAAGGAACCCUGGCUGGAGAGAUUCGAGAUAUGAAAGACAUGUUGGAAGUAAAAGAAAGAAAAAUUAAUGUCCUUCAGAAAAAGAUUGAAAAUCUACAGGAGCAACUUAGGGACAAAGACAAACAACUAACUAAUCUAAAAGACAGAGUGAAGUCCUUGCAGACGGAUUCUAGUAACACAGACACAGCACUAGCAACCUUAGAAGAAGCUCUGUCAGAAAAGGAAAGAAUAAUAGAGCGCUUGAAGGAGCAAAGGGAGCGAGAUGACAGAGAAAGACUUGAAGAAAUUGAAUCUUAUAAAAAAGAAAACAAAGACCUGAAGGAGAAAGUUAAUGCUUUACAAGCUGAACUGACAGAGAAAGAGUCUAGUUUAAUCGAUCUCAAAGAACAUGCAUCUUCAUUGGCAUCAGCAGGGCUGAAAAGAGACUCCAAACUUAAGUCUUUAGAAAUAGCCAUAGAACAAAAGAAAGAAGAGUGUAGUAAGUUGGAAGCACAGUUGAAAAAGCAAGCUGAACAGUUGUUCAAUCAGAUGUACAAUCCAGCUCAUGAGGCUGAAGAGGAGGCACGGAUGAAUCCAGAAUUUGCAGACAGAAUCAAACAGCUUGACAAAGAGGCGUCCUACUAUAGAGAAGAGUGUGGCAAAGCUCAGGCUGAGGUUGACAGACUUCUAGAAAUACUCAAGGAAGUAGAGAAUGAGAAGAAUGACAAAGAUAAGAAAAUUGCUGAGUUAGAAAGCUUGACUUCCAGACAUAUGAAGGACCAAAACAAGAAGGUUGCCAAUCUGAAGCACAAUCAGCAAUUGGAGAAAAAAAAGAAUGCACAGUUGUUGGAAGAAGUUCGUAGGCGAGAGGACAAUAUGACUGACAACUCUCAACAUUUACAAGUAGAAGAGCUCAUGAAUGCACUGGAUAAGACUAGACAAGAAUUAGAUUCUACCAAAGCCCGUCUUGCCUCAACACAGCAGUCUUUGGCUGAAAAAGAAGCACAUCUGGCUAACCUGAGAAUAGAACGAAGAAAACAGCUUGAGGAAAUUCUAGAAAUGAAACAGGAAGCUUUGCUUGCUGCAAUUAGUGAAAAAGAUGCAAACAUUGCCUUGCUUGAACUGUCUGCUUCCAAGAAAAAGAAGACUCAGGAGGAAGUAAUGGCUCUUAAACGAGAGAAGGACAGAUUAGUACAUCAGUUAAAACAGCAGACACAAAACAGAAUGAAACUGAUGGCAGAUAACUAUGAUGAUGACCAUCACCACUAUCACCACCAUCACCACCACCACCAUCAUCGAUCCCCUGCGAGACCACAACACUCCAACCACAGACCCUCUCCAGAUCAG